GCUGCUAGCGGUCGCUGUGCCUCGGUGUCCCCAGCUAGUGAGACCGCGACGCCAGCAGGGAUCCCCCCGACCCUGUGGCCCCAGAAGCCCUGUCCACGGUGGCUGCCAUGUCAACCUUGCUGGACAUCAAGAGCAGUGUGCUCAGGCAGGUGCAGGUGUGCCCGUCCUUCCGCCGAAAGACAGAGCAGGAACCUGAGAUCACAAACUCACAGGAGCCCCCCACGGGGGCCUGGAAACCUGGGGAUGGUGUGGAGUUCUUUGCCCACAUGCGCCUCAUCCUGAAAAAGGGGGACGGCAGACAGGGCCUGCCAUGUCCCGAGGUUCUUCUGCGAAGUGGUUCCCCAGCCCCUGCUGAGCCUGUGGACCCCAAUCGUGGCCUGAGAGCCCUGACCCAGGAGGAGGUGGAGAUGCUCUACGAGGAAGCCUUAUACACAGUCCUCCACCGGGCUGGCACUAUGGGCCCCGACCAGGUAGACGACGAGGAGGUCUUGCUAAGCUACCUUCAGCAGGUGUUUGGCUCCAGUUCUGAGGAACACAUGGAGGCCAUCAUGCGUGUGAAGAAGGCCAAGGCCCCCACCUAUGCCCUGAAAGUCUCUGUCAUGCGCGCCAAGAACCUUCUGGCUAAAGACCCCAAUGGCUUCAGUGACCCGUACUGCAUGCUGGGUAUCCUGCCGGCCUCAAGUGCCCCACAGGAGUCAAGUGGGCAGAAGGAACAGCGCUUUGGCUUCCGAAAGGGCAGCAAGCGUAGCAGCCCGCUGCCUGCCAAGUGUAUCCAGGUCACCGAGGUCAAAAGCAGCACGCUGAAUCCUGUCUGGAAGGAGCACUUCCUGCUUGAAAUUGAAGAUGUCAAUACAGACCAGCUGCACCUGGACAUCUGGGACCACGAUGAUGACGUUUCCCUGGCGGAAGCAUGCAGGAAGCUGAAUGAAGUUAUUGGCCUGAAGGGAAUGACCAGAUACUUCAAACAGAUUGUCAAGUCGGCCCGUGCAAAUGGGACAGCAGGACCCACUGAGGACCACACUGAUGACUUCCUGGGGUGUCUCAACAUCCCUAUCCGGGAGGUGCCUGUGGCAGGUGCUGACCGCUGGUUUAAGCUGGAACCACGCUCCAGUGCCUCCCGUGUGCAGGGGGACUGCCACCUGGUCCUGAAGCUGAUCACCACCCAGAGGGACACUGCUAUGAGUCAGCGCGGACGUUCGGGCUUCCUGUCCUACCUGUUGCUUCUCAGCCGUGUGCUGCGGUUUGAACACCGAGUGGAGGAGCCCAAUUCCAGCAGUUGGCGUGGCGAGCUUAGCGGGCCUGGGAACACAGUCCUUUGUCUGCAUGGAGCCCAAAGCAAUCUGUCCCCCUUGCAGCUGGCUGUGCUGCACUGGCAAGUCAGUAGCCGUCAUCAUCAGACACGCACCCUGGACUAUGGGUACCUGCUGGGUCUGCUGGAAGAUGUGCAGGCACACUGGGAGGAGGCAGCUUCACUGCCUCAGGAGCAGGAGGAGAGCCUGGCUGACAGCUUUUCUGCCUUCUCCGAGUUCGGGCUGAGACUGCUGCGCCAGCUCCGGGAUUACUUCCCCGCCACCAACAGCACGGCUGUGUAUCGCUUGGAGCUGCUGCUGAAGUGCCUGGAGAAGCUACAGCUUUUCCAACCAGCCUUUGAGAUCUGCCCCUUUGAGACCGAGCUCAGUAUGGACAUUGCGGCUGCCCUGAAGCGGGGCAACCGGGAGUGGUACGACCAGCUCCUGAACGCCAAGAGUCCCCGAGAGCAGCCCGGGCCGCAGCGCCUAGCGGGGCUUGUUGAGCUUGCAGACAUCAUCUACGAGGACUUGCAGUCCUGCUACGGGGUCUACGCCAGCCUCUUCCACGGUAUCCUUAAGGUGGACUUCUUCACCCUUACCUUCCGGCAGCUGGAACGUCUGGUGGCCGAGGAGGCAUGGGUGCUGACAGAAGAGCUGAGCCCCAAGAUGAACUUAGAGGUGGCCUCAGGGCUCUUCGAGCUCUACCUGACCCUGGCAGACACCCAGCGUUUCUGGAGCUGCAUCCCUGGACGGGAAAGCCGCUCCCUAGCCCUGGCUGGCAUCCACACCCCAUUUCUGCCAGCCGUGAAACUCUGGCUGCAGGUGCUGCGGGACCAGGCCAAGUGGCGCCUUCAGGGAGCCGUGGACGUAGACACGCUGGAGCCUGUGGACGCGGCUUCCAAACACAGCAGCUCUGCAGCCACCGCCAGUCUCUGCCUUAGUCACAUCCAGGAGCUCUGGGUCCGCCUGGCUUGGCCCGACCCGGCCCAGGCCCAGGGGCUAGGCACUCAGCUCAGCCAGGACAUGUGCGAGGCCUCCCUCUUCUACACGGAGCUGCUGAGGAAGAAGGUGGACACCCAGCCAGGGGCUGCUGGAGAGGCAGUGAGCGAGCAGCUCUGCGUGGUGCUCAACAACGUGGAGUUGGUGCGCAGAGCUUCGGGGCAGGCACUAAGAGGACUGGCGUGGUCCGAAGGGGCCAAUGGGCUGGAGGGAGUGCUCCCCCGUCCUCUGCUCAGCAGCAUACAGGCCCUGGAUGAAGACCUUCUGCGGGAGGCCCACACUGUGACAGCACACCUGACUUCCAAGAUGGUGGCAGACAUCCGGAAGUACGUACAGCACAUCAGUCUGUCUCCGGACUCCAUUCAGAAUGAUGAGGCUGUAGCCCCACUCCUGAAGUACCUAGAUGAGAAGCUGGCCUUGCUGAACGACUCGCUGGUGAAGGAAAACCUGAGCAGGGUCCUAGAAGCCCUCUGGGAGCUGCUUCUACAGGCCAUUCUGCAGGCGCUGAGUGCAAACAGGGGUGUCUCUGCCGAUUUCUAUGGACGCUUCCACUUCACACUGGAGGCUCUCGUCAGUUUCUUCCAUGCUGAGGGCCAGGGGCUGCCCCUGGAGAACCUGAGGGAUGGAAGCUACAAGAGGCUGGAGGAGGAGCUGCGGCUACACAAAUGCUCCACCCGAGAGUGCAUUGAGCAGUUCUACCUGGACAAGCUCAAGCAGAGGUCCCUGGAGCAGAACCGGUUUGGCCGCCUGACCGUCCGGUGUCACUACGAAGCGGCUGAGCAGAGGCUAGCUGUGGAGGUGCUGCACGCGGCGGACUUGCUGCCUCUGGACGCCAAUGGCCUGAGUGACCCCUUUGUGAUCGUGGAGCUUGGCCCACCACACCUCUUCCCACUGGUCCGCAGCCAGAGGACCCAAGUCAAAGCUCGGACACUGCACCCGGUGUAUGAUGAGCUCUUCCACUUCUCCGUGCCUGCAGAGGCGUGCCGUCGCCGCGGGGCCUGUGUGCUCUUCACCGUCAUGGACCACGACUGGCUGUCCACCAAUGACUUUGCAGGGGAAGCAGCCCUAGGCCUGGGUGGUGUCAGUGGCAUCGCAAGGCCGCAUGUGGGAGGGGGCGUGAGGCCCGGUCAGCCCAUCACACUACAUCUGCGCAGGCCCAGAGCUCAGGUGAGGUCUGCACUGCGGAUGCUAGAAGGCCGCACCAACCGAGAAGCACAGGAGUUCGUCAAGAAACUCAAGGAGCUGGAGAAGUGUAUGGAGGCUGACCUCUGAGCAUCCUGAUGGUCGCAGUCCCGGGCCUCGCCAUUUCCCUGUGCAGCCCACUUUGUGCAGCAAGGGGUUCUGGAGGCCCCUCCCUCACCAUGUGACCUGCCCACUCUGGUUGGACCCUGUGGCUUCUGUCUGCCCUGGCCGUGUCUUUUG